GGAGGGAGGAACAGAGGAACAGGAAGGUGCUUGUAAACGUCAGCGCGCACACCACUAAGCUACUACUUUUACAACCGGCCAGAAGUGUGUGUUUGUGUUACUUUACCAACACUUUGUCACCACUAUGUCUUUUUCAACCUGCCAGAAGUGUGUAUUCGUGUUACUUUAACAACACUUUGUCCGCCGCUAUGGGCACACACACCACCCUGUGGGCGGUGUGCCGUAAGGUUGAGACGCUGGUCGUGCUGCAGCAGCUGGGCGGCGCGCUGUUCGACACGGCGCUGCAGGUGGUUGUUAAGGAGCGCUCCAACAGCACGGACGGCGGGGUUAACUCCACCUCCACCGUGGACGACCGCCAGAGAGCCAUGUCCGACUUCUUCAUGACCUAUAACCUCCUCGGCAAACUCACCCCCAUUGUGCCGGCGAUCAUCUUGGCGAAGUUAAGCGACCGCGGCUGGAGGAAAGCGCCGAUCAUCGCCCCGCUUCUGGGCUACAUGGCGUCCCGGCUGGUGCUGCUGCUGGUCGUGGUCCUCGGCUGGCCCAUCCAGGUCAUGUGGGUGGGGGUGUCGCUGCACGGGUUCAGUGGCGGGUUCAGCGCAAUCUGGGCCGGGGUGAUGACCGUGGUGUCGCUGGGCUCAACGGAGCAGCGGCGCUCCGGGGUGAUGAUGAGGGUGGAGCUGCUGUACGGGCUGGCCGGACUGCUGGGCAGCCUGGUGUCCGGACACCUGUUCCAGCUGUACAGCUCCUCCCUGGGCCAGGGCACGGUGCUGGUGGGAGUCAGCCUGCUGCUGUACGGCCUCUGUCUGCUGCACGCCGUCAGUCUGCUGCAGGUGAGGAGGGGGUCAUGGGGUUGCGGCUAGGAGGAGGGGGAGGAGGCGGCGGCGGGGGGCGAGGCCCGCAGCAACAGGAUAAACAUCGGCCUGCUGUUCGUGGGGGGCGUGCUGUACGACGUGGCGGUCGCGGGCGCCAUGGAGAUCCUGGUCAGCUUCCAGAUGAAGGAACCACUAAACUGGAACGCCAAGCAGGUGGGAUAUGGGAAUGCAUCAGGCUUCCUGAUUUUCCUCACCAGCUUCCUGGGCGUGAUGGUGAUGUCUCGCUUCAUGAUUGACAGCAGCCUCAUCAUCGUGGGCAUGCUUUCCUUCGCCUCGGGGAUCUACUUCAUGGCCUUCGUCACGAAGACAUACCAGUUCUACCUAGCACGCUCUCUCAUGCUGUUCGCUCUGAUCCCCAUGCCCACCAUCCGCUCCAUGCUCUCCCAGCAGGUCACAGGCUCCUCCUACGGCAUCGUCCUCACAAGUUUCCAGCUCUCCUUCAAGGUUGCCAGUUUGGUGUACACCCCCACGUACACCAAGAUAUACCAGCACACGCUGGACUGGCUUCCAGGUUUUGUCUUCCUCCUAUCCAGUUCCAUCAGCGUGCUGGCAACCAUCCCCAUCAGCAUUAUGGGCUGCAGGCUGCCGCUGAAGCCGGCCUAUCGGAGGAUUGAAGCAAGCUGACAUCGUUGGCAGGAGUGUACGCUCAUUGGCUGAAACUACGAAUGGACAGGGACACAUUGGGAACACUGGUGUGUAAUUGGCUGCUGAAGGUGUAGCCGUUGAAGAAGCCAUCCCCAUUGGAUAUGACGUAUGACAUGUCAUGGUGUCAACUUUUCAUUGUGUUCCUUGACGCAAUAUUUAAAUUUCAAGCAAAGUGUACACGUUUGCUUCUUAGUGCAAUUUUACUGAAUAUAAAUAUUCUUAUGGUUUUACUAAUUGAGUCCAUCGUUAUAAAUAUUUGUUAUAAAAUUGAGUCAUUAUUGUCCAGUAUUAUUGUGUAUUUAAUAUAUUGUUGUUAAUAUAAUAUAUAACUAUUAGAUUAGUCUCUAUAUUAUUCUAAACAUUAAAACAAACAAGACUUAAUUGUAUAUUUAAAAUAAUGUGUCAAAGAUGCAAGGAGUUUCUUUUUUUUUACUGGUUCCUAUACUUGUUCAUACGGAAAAAAACAUUUUAAGCUUAUUAAAUGCAUUUUUCUUUACUUAUAUUAACAUCAUCAUUGGCGCUACGAAAUAUGCUCAGCAAAAGGAGAUGAGGUUGCAAUUAAAGUGGCGUGGGAUGACUUCUUCUAUGAAUAAAUGAUGUAAAAUGCCACAAUCCUGAUUAACUAGUGUUACAGUUAGGAUAUGAUUUUGUUACCUUUUUUUAAUCUUCAAAUCGUGUGGGACAUAAGUGGAACAAGAUACAGGGAAGAUUGUGGAAUAUUGUUUACUUUUGGAGACAAAACACAAUGUGGCUAUGUUGAAGAUAAGUGGCUUUUCAGCCUCAGGAUAGAGUCUCAUCUAACCAAGCAUCAGACCUGGAACAUGGAGCCGUUUGAGAGAUACAAGGAGUUGCAAAGUAAAAAAAGAAGCAGAGCAAGGGUUAAAAACCUUCAAUUUCAAGGAUGAGAAAGUACAGAUGAUCAUGAAACUGUCCUGGAAAAUUAUUGGUAAUUCAUACGUCUGCAUGUUUCCACCAGUGCUGCCAGAAACCUGGAGAGUUAGCUAAAGAAUAUAUCUGGAGCUUGCAUGAGCUAGGCGAGAAUUUCAAACCUGAGAGAACAUUUUAGCGAUAUAGGAGUCAUCGAGAUGCAUGAAAAAAAGUCAGAAAAGUCAUAGUUUAAGGCAGAGUUCAUGCUUGAUAACGCAAUAGAAAUGGUUCAACAGUCAGAGCAGGUGAAAGGACAGGUUAAUUGUCAGGCAAGGGGCUGUCGGGGGGGAAAUGUGCAGCACACAACACAGGAGAACCCAAACAUGGCAAACCAUUCAGAGAAUGCAAAAAGGCUGCAGAUGAGGGAAAAUACAUUCGAAGGGACACUGCAAAGCAACAAAUGCUGAAGGCAAUACCUGCUGGAAUAUAGGAAUGCCUCUGCAGUUUGCCGGGCCAUGUGGUGAGAGAAGUGAGGUUAAUUUCUAAGGAGCGUUCACACGCCUAAUGAAUAGCAACAGGGAUUUCUAAAUAGACAUGGGCAGAUACAAGCGUUAUGUUAAUCAACAUCUUUUCAAUGCUAAGGCGCCCUCAACUGAUGAAGACACGACCCAUAAUGGACAGACCGAGGGGAGGCGGUCUAUGUGGGCCUGUCCCCAGCAUUGACCGUAAGAAAGGGCUCAACGUUGCAGUGGCAAUGAGCCUGGUAAACAGGGUUGAGGAAGUCUACAUGCUUCAAGAGUGGAUGAAAAAGUAUAAACAAGGUAUCACAAAGAACGUUAUCGAUGGCUGAUGAUAAUCCCUGUAUUCGUCGGUUAAGACCAAGCCAACUUGAAAGGAAGGCUCAAACAGCUCUUAGAGCAGGGAGAGCUGCAGCCUCUUUUUUAU